AUCUUUGGUUUGUGCGACGACCGCGGGAGCUUUGCCUAAAGCACAAGGCCAUGACGCGAUCAUCGCGACGACAAAGUGACGCUUCUCCGCCGUAUGCUAUUGGGUACCUGACUUUGGAGGGAAAACAACGCCUAGAUCUCUAGACUCGCUGCACUACUUGCUUCUUCUCCACAUUCCAAGGUUUCCAUUGACUGUCCCUACUUCGUGCGUCACACCACCCAGCACGACACACAGCACCUUCCACUUCAUCUCUGUUCCUCCAAACCUCCAGCCUUACCUUCUUUCACUCCCAUCUCGUCAAUUGAAAGCAGACAGCAGGACAAACAGCAAUCAUGUCGCCUCUCUCUGUUCCUAAAAUUUUCAUGGCUGGCGGCGCGGUCGGCUUCGGCUACUACCUCUUCAUGCGCCAAUACUGGUUCCCCAACCCGUACAAGACACAGGGCGUCCAGAACAUUGAGGAUCGCUUCUCAGCUGGCGGAGGUCACCCUACGCACACACCUGCUGGAGGAACCCAGCGCGGUACGGGUUCUGCGACCGCAAACGAAGGAAGGCACGACGGCCCAAGCAAGGGUCCAGACUCAGAGCACUUCAAGAAGAACAUCAGCGAACAGCAGAGUGAGCCUGUCUGGCCGAGCAAAUUCAACGAGAUACAAUACAACAACCCCAAGGGCAAAUAAGCGACUCCGAACCGAUCGAGCAGACACAAAAGCAUGGCAAUAUAUAGCCAGGGGGCAUUGGGCAUCUGAUGAAUGGCAUCAUUGGCGUUUGGCAGAUAGCGAUGCACAACAGCAUCCUGUAAUUUUUUAAACCCCUCACUGUUGCGGCCAGUUGAGCGCAAUGGGGCCUCCAGAUAAUCGAGAAAUGACAAAACCAAUAUUCCAAGGCGCACCCGAUGCCGUGCCAUUGUCAUCAAUGCCCGGUACUUACUGAUGUCCAUGCUGUUCCGCGUAGCUGUGGAAGAGCAACUACACAUGCU